CACGCGAGAAACGGGGAGAGAUACCGUUCAUUGCGGCGACUACAGGGACUGAGCCACCGGUCUGUAAACAUCUGAGAAUGACCAUCGCUAGUGGGUCAGUGCUGUCUGCCAGACACUGCGCUCAGGCAGGACAUGCAAGGAACACACUGAGGUGGGACCUGUCUCCAGAUGAGAUCAGGACUAUGACAGACAGCUUGAUUGCCAGAGUAAAGAAGGUCUAUGACGACGUUGGAUCCCUAAAUAUAGAAAAUGUCUCUGUCGAAAACACCCUGAUGACCUUGGCUAAUGCUAAGAUGGAUUAUGCAUCAUCACACCACGUUCUCGCCUUCCCUCAGUAUGUUUGUCCUUCUAAGGAGCUGCGAUCAGCAAGCACCGAAGCUGACAAGAGACUGUCUGAGUUGGACGUGGAGAUAAACAUGCGGGAAGAUGUGUUCAAACGAAUCACUGCCUUGCAGAAUAAACAGAAAGACAACCUUUCAGCUGAGGAAAAAAGAUUCCUGGACAGACUUGUUACACUGGGCCAGAGGAAAGGAUUGCACCUGUCUAAAGAUAUACAAGAGGAAAUAAAAAGAACUUCCAAGCUCAUCAGUGAACUCUCCAUCGAGUUUAACAAGAAUCUGAACGAGGAGAGCAAAUUUCUUAUUUUUUCUGAGCACGAAUUAGGUGGGCUAGCUGCCACUUUUCUCAGUGGACUGGAUAAGACGGCUGAAGGACGGUAUAAAGUGACCCUGGAAUAUCCCCAUUACUAUCCACUGAUGAAGAGGUGCCAUAAUCCUGAAACAAGGAGAAAGAUGGAAAUGGCUUUUAACAGCAGGUGUAAAGAGGUAAACACGGCAAUCUUAGAAGAGUUGAUACAGCUGCGGGCGAAGGUUGCACGCUUACUUGGUUACGGUAGCCAUGCUGAGUAUGUGCUGGAGAUUAACAUGGCUAAAAAUGCAAGCAACGUGUCUGACUUUCUGGACAAGUUCCAUGAAGCACUGAAGCCCGUGGGAAUCAAAGAGAGGAAAUACAUUCUUGCGCUGAAGAAGAGGGAGUGCCUGAUGAAGGGCUACCAGUUUGAUGAGAAGAUUAAUGCCUGGGACUUGCCCUACUACAUGAAUCAAGUGGAGCAGCGCAAGUUUGCUGUGGACAAGGACAAACUGAUCGAGUAUUUCCCUCUUGAUGUGGUGACAGAAGGGCUGUUUGGUAUCUACCAGGAGCUGCUGGGUCUCACAUUCACAGAGGUGGAACAGGCUGACGUGUGGCAUGAAAAUGUCAAGCUGUACUCAGCCCGGGACACUGAAACGGGGGAGGAGAUUGGUCAGUUCUACCUGGAUCUGCAUCCAAGGGAAGGAAAAUAUGGCCACGCAGGUUGCUUUGGGCUCCAGCCUGGCUGCGGAGGCCCUGAUGGAAAGCGCAGGCUACCGGUUGCAGCCAUGGUGGCAAACUUCACCAAGCCCAGGAAAGAUUGUCCUUCUCUCCUCCAACACCAUGAAGUGGAGACCUAUUUUCAUGAGUUUGGUCAUGUCAUGCACGAAAUCUGCUCAAAUACCGCUUUUUCAGAAUUCAGCGGAACAAUGGUGGAGACAGACUUUGUGGAGGUGCCGUCUCAAAUGCUUGAGAACUGGGUUUGGGAAAAGGAGCCUCUGAGAAGAAUGUCCCGUCACUACAAAGAUGGCACCUCCAUCCCAGACGAGCUGCUCGACAAACUGAUUGCCUCCAGAGUUGCUAACACUGGGCUUAUGAACCUACGUCAGGUAGUCCUUAGUAAGGUGGACCAGUCGCUUCACACCAGCCCACGUGCAGACACUGCGGAGGUGUUUGCAAAGCACUGCCAGGACAUCCUGGGUAUUCCUGCUACACCAGGAACCAACAUGACAGCCAGUUUUAGCCACUUAGCUGGUGGAUAUGAUGGUCAGUACUAUAGCUAUCUAUGGAGCGAAGUCUACUCCAUGGACAUUUUCUUCAGUCGUUUUAAAAAGGAAGGCAUUAUGAAUCCAAAGGUUGGAAAAGAGUACAGAAGAGUGAUACUGGAAGCUGGGGGCUCUGUGGAUGGGAUGGACAUGGUGAAAACCUUCCUCGGACGUGCGCCGUGUCAGGAUGCUUUUUUCCAAUGCAAAGGACUGGUUAACUCACAAGAAGCAUCAAUGUAAACUGAUGUUCUCUUUAACUGUUUUUGUCAUUAUUAUAUUAUAUCUGGAUGCAGGUACAUUUCAGUUGAUAAAUGGGGUAUUAUUACUAUCUUCAGGAUUUCACGCUAGAGUUCUGUCUGCCUUUGUUUAAAUGUACAGUAGAUCACGACAGGACCUCGUCAUGACAUGUUCAGUGUAUUUUACAGCCUUUUUAAUUCGUCCUGGUGUUACUAAAACAAUAAACCAGGGAUGUCAAACUCAUUUUAUUUCAAGGGCCACAUACAACUUCAUUUGAUCUUAAGGGAGACAGACCAGUGAAACUUUCUGUCAGGGUAAAGAAGUUUAACUACACAUUAAAUCCAUCAGAUAUCUUCAUAUAUGAACAAGAAGUGCAGUUUAUCUACAUGAUAAAAGAAUUGUGCCGUAGGAAAUAAAAGGCAUCUGCCAGCACAAUUCUUUGGGCUUAAAUGGUAAGAAAUGUAUAAAUUUACAGAAAAGGUUCUGGUUGCUCAUUGCCAGGACUGUCCUGUAAUUAUAAGGCAGAAAGCUUUUGUUAGUUCAGAGAAAAUUAUCUGUUUCUCUUUAUUUUGUCUUACUAUGAACCCAUUGAAAAAAAAACAUUUCUACUGUAGAUACUGAAAAAUGGGAACUACUUUUUGUCAUUUAAAUGUUUUUCUUUUACAUAAUUACUUUGGUGUUGUAUGGAUGACCAUGGUGGAGUUAUUUAUAAGUAGGAAUUGCUGUAGAACUCAUGUCCAUAAUUUAAGCCCCCCUUCACAUUUUCCAAAGCCGUCCAGUGGGCAGAGUUGGAGUCCUUCCAACGAUUCUGGCCCCUGGGCCUUAUGUUUGACACUCGUGCAAUGAAGAAUGGACAUUUCUUUAUAUUAAAGAAUAUGAAUAAUCUGGUUUCCACAAUAGUUCUUUUUGGAAACAUACAUUGUCAUCAUUAAUUUCAUUACUUAUGCCAUCACUUAAGCUGUGACAUGU